AUGGAUAAUGAUAGGCCGCAAUCAUCCAUACCGAAAAGGCGUGUAUUAAAACGAGGGAAAUCUGGGGAAACCUCAGACAAUGACAUUAAUCCACUUAUGAAGAAGACUGUUUUGUACAGUCAAAAGAGACCGGAUGAUUCAAAAGACGACUUCU